UUUAUCGAUUAUAUCAUAUAUUCAAAUCUUUUAACAGCUCGCCUUGUUCCAGUGUCAAUUAUUUUAUUUCCACGUGGUAAUGAACUAUCAGGCGACACAUACCAAUAUCUGCUCCAGAGGGGAGCGUAUCUACCCCAAAAGUGGCAAUUGGAAUUUACUGAGGGAGAAAAGGUCAAUUUAAAGUGUUUUGUUAAAGGAUCUAGCAAUGUAAACAUCCAAUGGAGGUUUGGCAACAAGGAAAGUAACUUUAGUAGCCUUAUAUCGUAUCCUGACAAAAACGCUGUAACAAUUGGCAAACCUGAUUUAAUCGAUUCUGGGACAACCUGUGCCAGGUACCUUCAUUCGUCGACACUGAAUUUUCAAACAGAAUACAAGUAUGAUGACUACACGUAUGUGUGUAUGGCUAUAGAAGACAACAGAGAAACAAUUGUUGCUGGUAUGAUGAUACGCGUAAGAGAAGAGUUACGUCUAAAACCUGUAAGUGACAGCGAUACGAUUGUUAACCCAAGAGAGGUUAAAGAAGGCGGAUCAUUCAACGUUACUUGUGACGCAUCACGUGCUGGUGUUCCAUCAAAUACUAAAAACCUUCAAAUAUUAUAUAUUGUAUGGACGGGUGCAUCGAAUAAUUCAGUAUUAUUAGCAAGAUACUGGACCUACUCUACUCCAUAUGAAUAUAAAUUUAAACCGUAUUCUCUACCCGAGAGGAACUGGAGUUUUAAUUUUGUUGGAAACAACAGAAACACAAUGAAAAUUGAAAUAAUUGUUCAAGACGCUAAAUGUGCAGAUGCUGGAUUGUAUGUUUGUAGAGCUUCAAUCGAUAACAACUUGUUUUUCAUUGGCCACCAGAAUCUCAGUAUUGUAGCCCAAGUAGUUCCUGUGUCCCUGACUUUAGUUCCCCAGAAUGCCAACGGACGGGGUCCAUACGAGUCGGUCAAUCCUGCAGGGUCUAAUGUUACUUUGUUUUGUAAUGCCACUGGACCAAAGAACGUGACCUUUCAAUGGAAGUUUGGUAGCAGAUUAAGUAACUUUAGCAGUUUUACGCCAUAUCCUGUACAAAACGCUGUGUCAGUUGCUGAACCUGUGCUGGUCAGUUCUGGGACAACCUGUGUCCAGUAUAUUCAUUUGUCAACACUGAAGUUUCAAACAGAAGACAAGUAUGAUGGCUACAUGUAUGUGUGUGUAGCUACAGAAAACAACAGAGACACUAUUGUUGGGAACAUGACGAUAUACUCAAAAAAGUGAAAUUGGUGACAUUGCAGGAGACUUUGAAUAACGCUUGAUGAACUUUCUCUUGAACACAAAAGUAGUCUAAAUAAUGAUGCUAGUUGAUUAAAGCAUACACG